AUGGUAAUUGCGCCGAGUAUGAAACUCAAGACCCAGAGUCAUUAUCAGAGUAUUUUUGUUGGUAUCGACGUCACUCGCACUUUCAUAGGAAAUCCUGCGCAUAAUGUGGAUAGAGGAUACCAACACAUGGCAGGCAGGCAUGAGGCACUGGCUUUAGGACAUCAAGAAUCGUACAGGUUGGCUCAGGAGACUAUCCAAGAUCCAACCAAGUCUAAUGAAGUGAAGGAAUUAGCAGAGAUGUUUAGCCACAUUAAUACGGAGUCCAUGACUGCUGCCUCUCUGGGGACGAUGUUGAGUUUCGCUCUCAAUUAUACACCACCGGCGGAGUAUAUUGAGCCGCCUACUGUGGAAGUUCCUCGUCGUCAACGUCCUAAUGUACCAAGACUGCGGCGUGUGUCUCCCAUGGCAUUUGAUGUUGGAUCCUCACACAUUCCUGUGCCGGAUGUACAGACUUUAGAGCCACAGCUUUGGUUGUUUGUGUUGGUAAAUGGUAUUGGAGGAAGUCCUUGUUACAGGAGAGAUGUUAUCCGAUUUUACGUAGACAAUUAA